CCCCGCGCCCCCGCCGCGGGUCCUCCAGCAGCUCGGGCGGCGGCGUCCGUCUGGGGGAAGCCUCGUCGCGCGCUCCGGGCCCGCAGCGAACGCACGCACGCGACCCCCGCCACGCCACGAUGCCCAAGAGGAAGGUCAGCCCGGUGGAGGGGGCGGCGAAGGACGAGCCCAAGAGGAGGUCGGCCCGCUUGUCGGCGAAGCCCGCUCCCGCCAAGGUGGAACCCAAGCCCAAAAAGCCCGCGGGAAAGGAUAAAGCUUUGGACAAGAAAGUGCAAACAAAAGGAAAAAGAGGAGCCAAGGGCAAACAGGCCGAGGUGACCAGCCAGGACACGAAAGAAGACUUGCCUGCAGAAAAUGGGGAGACCAAGAACGAGGAGAGUGCAGUCUCUGACGAAGCCGAAGAGAAGGAAUCCAAGUCUGACUAACCAUACAGCAAGUCUUACUGCUGGUCCCUGUCUCCUGUCUUGUACAAUCCAGAGGAAUAUUUUUAUCAACUAUUUUGUAAAUGCAAGUUUUUUAGUAGCUCUAGAAACAUUUUUAAAAAGGAGGGAAUCCCACCUCAUCCCAUUUUUUAAGUGUAAAUGAUUUUUUUUAAGAAGUGAAAUCAUUUGCUGGUUGUUUAUUUUUUGGUACAACCAGAAAACAGUGGGCUAUUGAAUUAUGGGGCCUCGGCUGUCUUCGGUGCCGGCUUAACAUAACAUUCCAUAGGUGGGGGGUUAGUUUUCUAUCCUGCAAUACAAAGCAUUAGUAAAUGGCAAUUUUGGAGUCGCAGUUGUGCAUUUCAUGUCUUGAAUAUUUGAAAUUCUAGUCCCGUGUUGUUUUCUGGUAGAACUGUUUUCCUGAAGAAAACCACUCCUUGAUCCUUCCUGUCAGAACCGUGUGCUCUGUCACACCUCCGCUCGUGGUAGCCCCGUUUUCCUAAUUGUUACUGUGCUGUGAACGAUGGGAAACGUGUGUCGUGCGCGCACUGUGACGUUGUGACGUGGCGUGGUGGAAGUUAGGUAACAGGACCAACAUUUGAAAUAUGGGUACUUUGUUUCCUCUUGAGGAAAAUUCUCUUCCAGGUGUAAAGCUGGAAUGUCACUGGAAUACUUUUCAAAACAGUUCAUGGCUUUCAACUUUUGGUACGUGUGCUAAGAAUUGUGUACAAAUGGAAAUGUCUGUGUACUGAUCCUUUACACAACCAAUAAAACUGCAGUUAUGAAAAGGAUU